AUAAGAAUUCAGAGUACGGACCUGUGUGUGUGUGUGUCCCCGUCCAGGUUCUUCAUGACAGGCUACCUGCCACUGGGCUUUGAGUUUGCGGUGGAGCUGACCUACCCAGAGUCAGAGGGAACCUCAUCCGGACUACUCAACUGUUCGGCACAGGUGUUUGGCAUUAUAUUCACCAUCUGCCAGGGGAAGAUCAUCGACAGCUUUGGCACACUUGCAGGAAACAUCUUCCUCUGUGUCUUUCUUCUAAUCGGUACAAUAAUGACAGGUUUAAUCAAGUCUGAUCUACGGAGACAAAAUGCAAACCUUCUGGCCAAAGCAACAGCAGCGGAGGCGCAGAAGUCAGGACACGACUACGGAGCCACGGCGCUCAUCUCCCAGCCACAGACUCUUCCUUCUCAAGCCUGAUCAAUGCACCUUUCUGCUUCCACAAAAAUCAAAUCUUCCACAAAGAUGCACAAAGGGACCUUCCGACUGCCACAAUGGGAGCCUGGCUGCACCUUCUGUCGUCAAAGAAGCAGUUUUAGACGCACAUGCACUAUCAUAAAAGUUUUGAGCAUAGAAAUUCCCUGCUCAGAAAUAUCUUUUUAUAUUUAAGUGUAAAUUAAAUGCUGUCCCUAAAUCUGCAAGACAAAUGUAUGAAAUGUUUGUUUGUGAGUUGAUCAUUUUACCUAUCAGUAUGUUAAAAGUAUACAGUUGAUUAUGUGCUGUGUGUGUGUGUAUGUGUAUAUAUGUGUGUAUAUAUAUAUAUACAUACAUUUGCCAAAAUGGAUAUACACAAAUUUUGUCAUUGCGUAAACCGUUAACCAUGUAAAUCCAGGAUCCACAGUUUUACGAGUGACUUUGGUAGAAAAUCCAUUCAGCAGAUGACAGACAGUUGUGUAAUAUGUGUAACAUUAUUCAUGUUUACUUAUUUAACAUCAAAUAAAACUGUUGUACGAUGUUUCUUUACUUCA